GACCCGCUCUGGGCGCACCAGGAAGUGCUGGCCCUUUAGCCGCGAUGCAUUGUGGGAAGUCCCCUCAGAUCCAAGAUGGCGGCCAGCAGGAGGCUGAUGAAGGAGCUUGAAGAGAUCCGCAAAUCUGGGAUGAAAAACUUCCGUAAUAUCCAGGUUGAUGAAGCCAAUCUCCUUACCUGGCAGGGUCUCAUUGUUCCAGACAAUCCUCCAUAUGACAAAGGUGCGUUUCGGAUUGAAAUUAACUUCCCAGCAGAGUACCCAUUUAAACCACCCAAAAUCACAUUCAAAACCAAAAUCUACCACCCGAAUAUUGAUGAGAAGGGCCAGGUAUGUCUGCCGGUGAUCAGCGCUGAAAACUGGAAACCUGCAACCAAAACUGACCAAGUCAUUCAGUCUCUCAUUGCCCUGGUCAACGAUCCUCAACCAGAGCAUCCCCUGCGUGCAGACCUAGCUGAAGAAUACUCAAAGGACCGUAAAAAAUUCUGUAAGAAUGCCGAAGAGUUUACAAAGAAAUAUGGAGAGAAGCGACCUGUGGACUAGACAUUGAGGCCUAGCGCCAACGGAAGACACACACACACACAAGGAUUAACACAAAUUCAAAAAGCGCAACUGAAGAUUUGGAGUCAGCGAGUUCAGAAUCCCCUCCUUCACCCUCCCCUGAAAAUACACAUGAGGCAGGACUCCGCGGGAACAUGGAACAGAGGCGCAGCAUCAACCCGCGAUUUACGCUAAACUCUACUUCAAACUGUUAGAGGAGGAUUAAAAAAAAACAGUGUGAAAAUGGGAGUGCAGUUCUGCUCUCUGUGUAAAAAAAUAUAUAUAUAUAUAUCACUUGCAAUUAUUAACUGCUGAAAAUAUUUCAUCCUUUUUGUUCACUCUAGUCAAAAGAAAUGACACGCAAAAUAAGUUGAUUUUUUUUUUCCUCCUUUAGGGUUUAAUUGUAGCAUUGCAUACAAUUUUUUUUUUAUCACCAGUAUAUUUUGGACACAUUUUGAUAAAGGCCCUGUAUCUGUUGGGUAUUAGUCUAACACUCCCCCUCCCAUUAGUAGCCUUUUCAGUGUCAGUCAUUUUCUCUGACAUUUAAAGGGAUACAUAACCUUGGUCCAUCUUGAGCCAUCACAAGGGAGGGGAUCGUUGAACGUUCGGCUCUUAGUUUUCCUUUCAAUGUUGCACUGUGCUUUGUGGGACUUGGUAAGUUCUCCUUCAGUUUGUAAGAAAGAAAAUAAAGUUACAUUUAAAAAA